AUGAAGCUGUCAGUGCUGUUGCUGCCGGCGCUGCUGGCUCUGUCCUCAGCCAGUCUGCAGGACAUCGUGAAGAAGAGCUCACUGCACAGAAAAGCUUCCUUGCUGAACCCAGAGCUGGAGGGCCUGGUGCCUGAACCGACUGGUAACAACGUGGUGUCGUCUCCUCUGACGCCUGCUGACCUGGAGCAGCAGCAGGAUCUACCCUCCUCCUUCAUGUUCAGUGAUAACGUUAACCUGGAGUGGUUGACCUGGGACGGCUCUUUGCCCAACGGUGCUGUUGCAAUCUACAACGGUUACACGGAGCGCACCGACUACGUCUGCAAGUACAAGUGUGAGGCCGGUUUCUACAACCCCAGUCUGGGUCCCUACUGCCGCUAUCCUUACGGUGACAGAGAGUACUACGCCCCCGAGUUCGAGAUCCUGGCCAACAGAGACAACUUUGAGUUCUUGGAGUGGAAGGAAGGUUCGUACGGUUCAGUGCCCCAGCAUUCAGUCAGGACCUGCCCGGGUGUCGGCAUCUUCGUCGGGAAGAACAAGUACGGACUGGGGAAGGUCGUUCCUCAGUUUGAAGCCUUCUUCCUGCCUUGGGAAGGUGACGAGUAUUGGUACAAGAGCUACCAGGUCCUGACCAUCAACAGGGAUGCCUACACCCAGCACAUCUCUGACGUCAAGUACGCCAUUGAUGAUGUCGCCAUCUUCCAGUAUCCUCCUGAGACCAUGCGCAUCUCCGGGGUCACCAACAAUGAGUGCCAGACGGUGUCAAAGACGGUCACCAUCUCAAAGACAUCGGAGGUGGAGACCACCUGGAACAUCGGCAGAAGCACCAUGCUGGGCAUCAUGGGCUUCAUCACAGCUAAUCCCCUCAUCGGCUCCGGAGGCAUCGAGCUGAGCGGCGAGAAGACUCUGCAGUUCAGGGGAACCACCGUAGUGGAGUCGCUCAGCCACUCAGUGUCCGUGGAGCUUACUGUCCCCCCGAACCACUCCUGCAGAGUCCGUAUGGAGGGACGCAAGAUCAAAGCCGACAUCCCCUACACGGCUCGCCUCAGCCGCACCUACCGCAACGGGGAAACCCAGUGGACGUCCAUCUCCGGGACAUACGACGGAGUCCAGAUCGGAGAAGUCCGGGCCGUGGUGGACCGCUGUGAACCUGUGCCUGACGCCCCAGCCGUGCCCGUGAAAGACUGA